AUGCCGGCGCCCACCACCUGUCCCAUAUCGGAAGUGGAUCGCGCUCUUUCAUCAGAGCUCCAGGCUUCCCUUCAGGAUCUUCAGCAACGCCAUGUUGACGAGAACCGGACGCAAGCCCAGGCAGACAACGACGACGGAAGUACGCAAGGCUACAUUGCUCUCUUGCGUCAGCGCAGACGGCUUGCCGAGCUGCAAGUCAUUCAAGACUCGUUGGAGAAACUGCUUAGUGCGAGACCCUCCCAUGCACCCAAGGACCCGAAAGCUCUCGUCAAAGAAACUAUUGGGGAACAACCGGAUCUUCCAGCAGAGCGUCUGGAACACAUUUCUCAGUCAAACGACGACCAGACAUGGGUGUUCAAGCUGAAGCAAGAAGUCCUCGAAUCGCGCGCGAAUAUGGAUAGGGCAAAAGCAGCCCGAGUCGAAGCCCAGAGUCAUUCCCGAGGUGAGGCUAGUCUACAGCAGCAAGUGUAUGCACUGGAAUGUGCAAAGGAUGAAAUGGUCGAAUGGGUGCAGGGCGAAUUAGUCAAGAUGGAAGAAGACUCGAUAUUCCUAGAAGAUGCAUCGCCUAUCAAGCGCCCAUUGAAAGACAACGCGCCCGUAGAUCUCGCAUCCGCCGAGCAAAGAGUCAGGGAUGUAUACACCCAGUACACCACCGCUCGAGCCAGCCUGAUCGAAAGCUACGAGAGCCUGCAACAUCCGCCAACUGUGGAACAAGACGAAAAAGCAGAAAUAGAAGCUGCCUCGACAAAGCAAACUACAGCUCCGCAAAUGCCCAUCACAAAACUCUUCCCACACCUCCCGCACCUCGCGCGCACAUCCAACAACGAUCGUGCACUACUUCAGCAAUCAGUCUACCUACAGUCACAAAUCGCCGCGGCGGACCAGGAUAUCGAAGAUGCGCUACUCCGUCUCUCAGGCGAAAGCCACCUUCUCCCCGCGGGCUCCAAGGACGUCGCAGCAUGGGGCAACACCGCGCUAGAAGCCGAAGCCACGACAUGCGAAUUCGUCAAAGAGAAGUUACUCGCCAGCAAAGCAGAAAUCAGCGGCGUGAGCAGAGUGGUAGAAUUGUGCACGCUACAAGGCGAAGUCCUGGCCGCCGUCAAAUAA